AAAAUCAUUUUACGAUAUAUUCCAGCUGACUGCAGUUGUGGAGCACAUGGUGAAUGCCUAACAGGAAACGAAUGUACCUGCCACGUUGGUUAUUUUGACGAUGGAGGCGUGUGCAGAGGUAAGAUUUAUAUCAUUUCAACUAUUUUUUCUCCUUGCAGAAUUUAGUCAACAAACGCUGGUGACUUUGGGUCACCUGUAGUGUAAUGAUUAUCACAUCUAACUAGCACAUACAGGGUUAGGGUCCGAAACCUCCCCGGUGAACAAAAUGCAAUUUCCACAGUUUUUUAUACUACUAUUAUACCGGCCAGUUACUUGGUUCUAUUUACGCUGGGAGCGCUUAUGGUUAUUUCUGUCAGUUGGACGAUAUCACAUAAUGAUUAACAAGCGGAAACUGUUUUGUGAAAUGUUCUCUCUUAGUCAUGUCCCUUGUUCCCUAGUUAUUCCUCUCUCCCAAACCAACUUAUUAUGGCCAACUUUUUCUUUCCUUCAGAUGUUGACGAGUGUAGAACUACUUGUAUGAAAGACACCCAGCAAUGUAUAAACAGUCAGGGCUCCUACAAUUGCAAGUGCAAAGCGGGAUAUGAAAAAAAGAAUGGUGCAGCUGACGACGAGUGCACUAAGGGUAAAAGUUUGUCUUUCGUCGGAUUACUCAUAACACUUCAUCCAUGACGCGCAAACCUGUACGUGGUGCUAACUGCACUAAAAAAUAAGUUUAAAGAAGCAGCUUAUUUUUGACACAUUUCCGACAUUAACAGAAGACUUUGUUGACUGUUCAUGUACGGGUUUGGUACUUUUGUGGAUUUAAUCAAGGAGAUGCAAAGCUAACAUCCAGUUGUUGAACCUCGUAGACAACACAAUGGGAACAUACCGCUUAAAAUUCCUAUCAUGAAUCGAUGUUCUCUAGGGUUAACCCUUUAAGGUGAUGUCACACGGGACGAUUCGCAACGACGUUUUUUAACGCAAGACAGUAUUACAACAUUGUUGCAACAUUGUUCCGAAUGGUUGCAACAUCGUUCCAACAUUACUACACUGUGCUGUGCUCGAAAUCGUCGUUUCGAAUCGUCUCGUGUAACAUCACCCUUACGUCCCGGAAAUGACCAACAUCAAUUUUCUCCUUACGAUAUCAAUGUAUUAUCAAGAGAGAAGGUUAUGGGAAUUUAUGAACUGAUCACUAAAAACAAAAUCCUUUGUAUUGAGUUUUAAACCAAUGCUCUCAAAUAAUUCUUCAAAAAAAUGUACGGACUUGAAGGUGCAACAAGCUUUCCUGGCCUCAAUAAAGUACGCCCUCAGUAGUUCUUCAUUCAGCAAUGUUUCAUCUUAACACUUUGUCCAAUAGAGGACGUUUUUGUAUUGAUUUUUCAGUGUGCAAAUGCAGAAAACAUGACAAAUGUGACAAAAAUGGAAAUUGCAAAUGCAAGAACGGCUAUAUCAAGAAACAAGGGAAAUGCGUACAGGUUAAAGGUUUGUGUCUCACUUAUUACAGUUGAACUUCUACGAACGGCCACCUCUCUACAAGGACCACAUUUUUGGCGGACAGUCCAUAAUUGACACUUGUUUUCACCUCUCUACAACGGCCACCUCUUUACAGCAGCCACUUUCUUCUAUUCCCAAGGCCUUUGAGGACAGGUUCAACUAUAAUUGCAAUAUAACAUCAAAUACUGUACGCCUUUUAUAUUAUCUUUUUUGUUUCCUUAAGGGCUUACAUUUCACUUCUUUCUCACACCCUUCCCACAAAAACUAUCAAGGAUCCUUUCACUUGUCACUUGGUCUUGUUAACAGAAUCUCUUUUUCCUAGCGCUUUCCAAGAUCAAGGGUGACGCUUAUUCCACCAAGUCUUCAGGUCAUGUAACCCUUCUGACAAGUGUCCUGCUUGGAGGUCUUGCCUUAACUGCAUGA